AUGCCUGUCCUAAACGUCCACAUUGAGCACAAUGUUGGUACCCAAAUGGCGUUCAAUGGUAUUAAAGGUUACUCGAAGCAAAAAGACAUCCCAGACAGGAUAAACGGCACAGAGGAAGAAGACAUACUCCGUGUAGCGCUUCUUACAGGCUUGGGUUUGUGGAUGCCGUUUCCCGAAGAUCCUCUAGAGAUGUUGUUGUGGCUGGUUUCUGACUGGUUGACUCCGCUGGGAGAUGUCCCUGAACAUGGAACUUCUCAAUGUCCAUUUCGCUCUCCAAUUCAACGAGCGUUCAUCCAUCCUACACCCGCCACAGAGAAGCGGACGAAACCCAGCAUAGACUCCCAGGAUCGUCCCCCAGCCGAGCGCUAG